CAAACUCAACACAUGGAAACAGAAGCUGAUGGAGAGGACUGUGGAGGACCAGAACCAGCCAGGAACUCACAUCCACUUUUACAACCAGAGACUGAUGACAGUGUUGAUAGUGAUUUUUGGAAGGAGACAAGCCAGCGAUCAUUUAGCUGCUCUAACUGUGGGAAAACAUUUGCCUGCAAGGCAGAUCUGAAGACACACAUGAAAUGUCACACAGGAGAAAAAGCUUACAGCUGCUCAGUCUGUAAGAAAUCUUUUACGCAGAGUGGAGGUUUACAGAAACACGUGAGAGUUCACACAGGAGAGAAACAAUUCAGCUGCUCGUCUUGUGGUAAAAUAUAUAGUCUGAAGGGACAACUGUCAGAACACAUGAGAACUCACACAGGAGAAAGACCUUACAGCUGUUCAGUGUGUCAGAAAGCUUUUGCACGGAGACGAUGUUUAAAGAAACACAUGAUGAUCCACACGGGAGAGAAACCAUUCAGCUGCUCAGUUUGUAAGAAAUCUUUUAGGCAGAGUUGGAGUUUACAGAAACACAUGAGAGUUCACACAGGAGAGAAACCAUUCAGCUGCUCUGAGUGUGGUAAAGAUUUUUCACAGAAACUAAGUUUACGGAUACACAUGACCCACCACACAGGAGAGAAACAAUACAGCUGCGUUGUUUGUGAGCAAAGAUUCCUCUGGUCCAGCAGCCUUAAAGUUCAUCAUUGUGUUGGUCGUCAGUCCUCACAGCUUCAUCAGAGACAGACUCAACACAUGGAAACAGAAGCUGAUGGAGAGGACUGUGGAGGACCAGAACCAGCCAGGAACUCACAUCCACAACCUGAGACUGAUGACAGUGCUGAUUGGAAGGAGACCAGAGAACCUCAGUCAGCUUUAAACUCUCUGAAACAUGAUUCAAGAUGUAAGAAAACAUUCAGCUGCUCUGAGUGUGGGAGAAGAUUUGGCUUCAAGUCACAUCUGAAGAAACACAUGAUGACUCACACAGGAGAGCAACCUUUCAGCUGCUCUGUCUGUAAGAAAUAUUUUAUACAGAAAGGAGAUUUGCGGAACCACAUGAGAACUCACACAGGAGAAAGACCUUUCAGCUGCUCAGUUUGUAAGAAAGCUUUUUCAUUGCAUGGAAACGUACGGUCACAUAUGAGAAUCCACACAGGAGAGAAACCUUUCAGCUGCUCUGAGUGUGGUAAAGCUUUCACUGAAAAUGGAACCCUGAAGAAACACAUGAUAACUCACACAGGAGAAAAACCUUUCAGCUGCUCAGUUUGUUCUAAGCGAUUUGGCUACAACUCAGCGCUGAAGGAACAUAUGAAAAUCCACACAGGAGACAAACCUUUUAGCUGCUCUGUCUGUAAGAAAUCUUUUACACACAGUGGAGCUUUAAAGAUGCACAUUAGAAUCCACACAGGAGAAAAACCUUUCAGCUGCUCAGUUUGUAAUAAAUCUUUUAUGCAGGGUCGAGAUUUACAGAAACACAUGAGAAUCCACACAGGAGAGAAACCUUUUAGCUGCUCAGUCUGUAAAAAAUCUUUUACACAGAGUGAAAAUUUACGGUCACACAUGAAGAGAAGAACUCACACAGGAGAGAAAAGAUUCAGUUGCAGUGUUUGUGACAAAAGAUUUGCCUGGCGUUCUGAUGUCAAAACGCAUAAAUGUGUUGGUCCGAUGGAAAUAGAAGCUGAUGGAGAGGACUCAACGAUAUGA